CGGGCCCGGCGGUGACGCGGCGGAGGUGACGCGCGGGGCGGUGGUACCGGAGCGCUCGGCGCUGUCUCCUUGUCCCCAUCACGGCUCCCGCUCGGCCCCCCCGCGCCGCCAUGUCCGCGCCCGGCAGCGGCGGCGACUUCGGCAACCCGCUCAGGAAGUUCAAGCUCGUGUUUCUGGGCGAGCAGAGCGUUGGGAAGACCUCCCUGAUCACCAGGUUUAUGUAUGACAGUUUUGACAAUACUUACCAGGCAACCAUUGGAAUUGAUUUCCUGUCAAAAACAAUGUAUCUGGAGGACCGCACGAUCAGGCUGCAGCUGUGGGGCACAGCCGGCCAGGAGAGGUCCCUCAGCCUCCUCCCCAGCUCCACCCGUGACUCUGCCGUGGCUCUCAUUGUCUUUGGCACCACAAAGAAAAUACAGAUAUGUGUAUAUAUAUAUAUAUAUAUAUAUAUAUAUAUAUAUAUAUAUAAUUUGUACAAGUACCAGCUUCAGGGGCCAAAGCAAAGGAACACUGUCAGAGUAGGUAAAACAGCACAACACCCAUUCACAGAGAAGCUGUGGAAUGACUUAGGAGGAUUCAAGAGUCCCAUUUCCUUGAAAAAGAGAACUGGAGAUUCAUAUCCAGAUUUUGAAAGGAGGAGAGAUGCAACUACCAGAAUUUCUAAAGAAUAAACAAGCUUAGAAGGAAAUUCUCCGUAACUCUUGACGUGAAUGUUUUAGUUCAAGUUAGGAAAAUAUGAAUAGGAUUAUUUCAUUGUGACUCCUUGUUAUUGAUUCCGAUUGAUCUGGUGGAGUUUUUUGUUCAUCUGCAGUGUCAGGAUUUAUACCAGUGAGCCAACACCAUGUGGGCAAAAUUUAAGGAAAGAACACAGCACAGGUGGAAAAACCUCUGGCCCACCUUUAUUCUGUCCCAGACUGGAUUAUAGUGAGGACCAGGGGUUUGUUCCACACUCCUUGGCUGAAUUGCUUAACAAAUAACAGACUUCUGCUAUGAUUUGUCCUCUAUACUGAGGGCAAAUAAUGACAUGGUCUUUCUCCCAGUACUGUAGCUGAAUUCUUCUCUGGGAGAAUUCCUGUUUUGGUGCAAAAUAACAUAGAACUACCCUUUUUGGGGUUUGAGGAGCACUGAACUGUGCUGGGACCUCUGGGGUGAGGCAGCGUGGCAGGAUGCACAGCUUGGCAUCAUUUUUCUCGCUGUGCAGGUGCAGGAUGCUGUUUAUCCACACAGGUGGAAAAAUGUUGCCAGUCCAGGCUGUUCUUAACAUCUUCCAGACAUGUCAGAAGUAAUUCAGUGAUCGCUGAUCCCAUGGACUUUGGCAACGGGCUUUGCAGAUAAUGUCAUUGUUUUCUUGCUACUGCCCUUAGUGAGUGAGAGGCUCGUAAGUUUUCGUGUGUUACUGAAGGAACGGGCUCAGGUGCUUCUGAGGGCGUGAAGAAAUCACUUAGUUAUUGUUGCUCUGCUGGGCAUCCCAAAAUGCAGGCAGGGAGAGCCCUGGAGAGAGUCCAUCCUGCAGUUCAGGCCCCUCCUGAACAUUGUUUUUAAGGGUUAAUUCUUAAAUCCACAGGGAUUUAUAUUUUUAUAUUUAUAUUUUCCCCUCCAAAAGGGGGUGCACACGAACUCUGACUGGUAGAAAUGAGAAGCCACAGAAAUAUUGCAGCAAACUGAGGUCACUGCAGGAGUGUCUGUGUGGGACCUGCACAGGUCCUGAAGGCCUUCCCUUCAAAGAGCAUCACCUGCACUAAACAAAUUACCUGGGCCAGGCCUGUGCUGCUGCUUCUAUUGCCUUUUUGCCUGUGAGUCUGAAGGGUGGAGUGUUAAAUCACCAUCUGGGUCAAGUUUCAUGGUGAAUAUUCCAGUAUAACUGCCUGGGCAGUGUGGGGGAGCUUGGGAAGUCCAGGAGCUGUGCUGAUCCAUCUGAUCUUCCAGCUCCAGUGUGUCACUGCCCAGGUGCUCCGAGUUUGUCACUUCGAGUUUCCUGGGGUAGAGAAAAACCUCUGACUUUCGGUCCUGUAAUCAAGUCUGCCUUCCAAAUGAAGCAAGAACUAAUUGCUUUAACUGUAAUUCCUAAUCUUCCUUAAGCCCCAGGGCAUCAGAUCUACAUACCCUGAUGGAGAUAAGAUCUUGUUUUGAAUCUGCCUGUAACCAGCCGCUUUGCAGCUCAAUCAGCUUCUAUUUCUCUUCUAAACAAGCAAUUACUGGUCCUUGUGAAGCUGCUUUUUGCUGCCUUAUUAACCACUGCUCUGCCCCGGUGCUGGGACCAGGCUCCUGUCAGGGAGCUGGGAACCACUGUCUGCCCCCAUAAAAGCCUUUGGGAAUGCCAAGCGAUCCUGUUUUCUGGCAGUGCACAGCCCUGUGGGGUGAGAACUGGAAGGCAAAGGUGUCACUCCCAGUGUAAAAGCUUUGGUUCACUGGGGGAUUGGGCAUGUUUUAGGCAGUUGUGGUUCAGAUGGGCAGGUCCCAGGCCUUGGAGCUGCCAUCCCUAAUAGCUCAGUGUGUGUUUGGGGCUCAAACUGUGCCUCUCACAGCAUUUGUGCCUUUUCUGACCCCUGUGCUGCUCUGGAAGGGUGACCCCAAUGCCUUUCCCAUCACCUGGAGCCCGCAGUGUGUAACAUUUGCUUCCGUUUCUGCUGGAACUUAAUUUAUUGAUUGCUUUAAUCUCUCAUAAAAAUCCCCAUUGCCAUCAUCUGGGUGCUGGUGCUGGAGAUUGGAUGCUCUUUCCCUCACGUGGUGUCCGGGCUGAGGG